UGCUGCAGUAUUUUGUUCCUCGUUUUUGUGGGUUUUGGGUUUCAUUCGGUUUUUGUUUUGCUUUUUCAUUUUUUUUCCUUUUUUUUCAUUUGCAUAAAUAUGUUCUAUGUCGUAUACGCGAAAAUUUUGAGAACACACGAUGAACAUUUCUAUAAUACACAAUGACAUAUUUCAAUCACACGGCGGAUAUAUUUCAAAUACGCGAUGAACAUUUCUCAAUUAUUAUUUUCAAUUUUCAUAAUAUUUAUAUUUCCUUCAAAUAUUUUAGGACCAGAAAAACAUUGGUUUUGCAUGUUUUGUCCAUUUCCUUUGGUGUUUUGGUUUUGCAUGUUUUGUCCAUUUCCUAGAAACACACUCCAAAUAGUAUUUCUAGCAGUUUUCUUUAUAAGAAACUAAAAAGGCCAUGGUUUGGAUAUUUGGCUUGACCAUCCACAUAAAUAUCCUCCUCAUUUGAUUUCAUUGGAAAUGUUUAACAUACUGACAGAACUCGAAAUCCGAGUUUUUUUUUGGCGGGGAAGGUUGAAAGAAAUUCCUAUUGGGUAACAUUCCAUGACCCAAGAUUGGGUGGAGAAUUAAACACAUGUGGAGUAUCAACUAAUUAACGGUUCGGUAGCUUGGCGGUGUCACUUUUCAUUUCUUCAUGAAUAAGGUACAUUUUCAGUCUCCGCAAAAUAUAGUUACAUUUUCGGUAUCGGCCUUCCGUUCCUGUUGGACACUGCAUCUCUGUCUCGACAUACAAGUAAGUCGUAUUUAUCAACAUGCGUAUUAUAAACUGUAUGUGUAUUAUAAUCUAUAUGUCAGAUUCGUUGUCUACUCGACAUGGCAAGAACUAGCUAGGUGGCAAUUAUUAAUUGUAUUGUUCAAUUAAGUUGUCAACUGCUCUUAGCCCCAAUAAGCUCAUAUCAGAUAGCCUUGAUGGUAUUAAUUAAUUGUGCUUGGUUGCCAAGUAAGUGACCGGUGCUACCUGUGCAUUACUUUGUUGCUAGGUAAUGUCAAAACCAGAUGGUAUGCUUCAAACUGCAUGCAAUGGGUUGACCACUAGUUAUCUAUAAAAAGCACACCUUUACACCACAAAAUCCAUCAUUCCCAAGGAUCUCCUUGUCCUUCGUCUUGGCUCCACAACACCACAACUGAUACUAGUAAGUAAGAAAAUAAUGGCUCCGGUGAAGGUGUACGGGUUGCCCAUGAACGGAAGUGUGGCACGCGUUCUGGUAUGCCUAGAGGAAGUGGGAGCCGAGUAUGAGGUCGUGGCUGUCGACCUACACACCGGUGAGCACAAGAGACUGCCGCAUCUUGCUCGUAAUCCCUUCGGCCAGGUCCCUGCGUUCCAGGAUGGAGACCUGAUCCUUUUCGGUGAAAUCACGGGCGCAAUCUCAAAGUAUAUACUCCGAAAAGAAUCAUCAGAUUUACUGAGGGAAAACAACCUCUCUGAGUCUGCAAUGGUUGAUGUGUGGCUUGACGUCGAAUCCCAGAAAUUUGACAGCGUCAUGCUGCCAAUCAUCUUUCAAGGGCUUGUCAUCCCGGUUUACAUGGGUGGGACUAGCGAUCUUAAAGUUCUUGAAGAAAACCUAGAAAAACUGAAGGAAAUCAUGGAAGUCUAUGAGGAACGCUUGUCCAAGUCCAAGUACUUGGCAGGAGAUUUCAUCAGCUUAGCGGACAUUAGCCAUUUCCCAAUGGUUCACCUAUUGCAUGAAACUCCAUAUGCAUCGGUGCUCGAUGCAUAUCCACAUGUGAAAGCAUGGAUUGCUGGCGUAAUGGAUCGUCCUACUGUGAAGAAGGUCAUCGGGCUUAUGAAGACAUUUGGUUGAUAGAAACUAUACAAUAAUUUGUGCACAUUCGAGAUGAAUGUUGGUGGAACAUGAUGUGGUUGUGGUUUGAAAAUCCUAUGAUUUCAAUAAAGGGGACAAAAUAUGUAAUACCUAGUAUGUCACUACUCCAAGUUAAUGUAAUUGUCAUUUAUCAAUCAUAUGUUGUUGUUUGGUAGUGUGUUUAUUCUUCCCAUUUUCCUAUUACUACAUUUUAAUUGUAGUGAUUAAAGCAUUAAAAAUGUAGCAAAAAUGUGUUGUAAGCAUAUGUUAUGCAUUUGGUAGGCUUUUCUAGUUCUAGCUGCAUCUUAACCACCGAGAUGUGGGGGCUAUGUAGUAGUGGAACAGAGAGGCCUUGGAACUAUUAAUUUGUUUACAUAUGCACGUAGGUUGAUGAGGACAAAAUUAAAAAAAUACAA